UACCUGACUGCCCCACCCAUCUACCCACCUGUUCCCAGUUUCCUGGUCUUCGCCCUACCCCUCACCUGCAACUCAUUCCCUCAUCAGCCACUCACUAUAUUUACUGGCUCACACAUGUUUUCUGUAAAUCACUUAUCUGAGACCUACCUGUUUAGUUGUUGGACUUUGGAUUUGGUUACCUGUUUGGACUGCCUUCCUGGUUUUGCUUCUUGGUUGCUUCAUUACUCCAUAAGCUUACAAACCCCCUGUUUCUCUAAAAAAUCCUUGAACUCUAUAAUUUUACCUCUAUUGUCAGCAUUUGGGCCCUUUCCUCUCUUCCUGUAUUCUGUAUACAUUGCUCUUAAAAGAAGAAUGAAGUACUGGAUGCAUAGACAUGAAGGAAGAGACACGAGAAGGUUAAAAUAAGGAAGGCACUUAGAUAUAGAAUAUUUGACUGAAAAACACUGUUAUACUGAAGGAGACAGAGCUUGGCUCCAUCAGGGUGCAAUUUGGAUGUCAGGCGGUGGAGCUGAGCUCCGGUGUGUUGUGUCGUGAAGAGAAUGUCACUCUCGCCAGACUGAGAAUGAGAAACAUCGUGGUGUCUGCGGAGAAGAGAGGUUCAAGGUUUGAUCUACACACAGGGAAAGUGUGUGUACGGGCGCUGGAUGUGACGGUGUCCCAGAGCAGUAUCCAGGUGGCCCGCGGCCAAGCAGCCGUCCUGCCCUGCUCCUUCACAACCAGCGCUGCCCUCAACAACCUCAACAUCAUCUGGAUGGUGAUACCACUGUCCAAUGCCAACCAGCCAGAACAGGUGAUAAUUUACCAGGGCGGCCAGGUGUUCAGCCUCGCCAACCACCUCAAUGGCCGUGUGGGCUUUGCGGCCACCAUGCCAAGUACAAGUGCCUCCAUCUUCAUCAAUAACACCCAGCUGUCCGACACUGGGACCUACCAGUGCCUGGUCAACAACCUCCCAGACAGAGGGGGGCGCAACAUCGGCGUCAUCGGUCUCACCGUUUUGGUGCCCCCCUCGGUACCAGCAUGUCGAAUCCAGGGCACGCUGGAUGUAGGCAGUGACAUCAUGCUGAUCUGCAGCUCAGAGGAAGGUAUUCCCACGCCGUCCUACUCCUGGGAGAAGCUGGACGCACUGCCCAAGCUGCCGCACAACGCCAUGCAAGACCAGAUGCAGGGCACUGUAACACUGAGAAACAUCAGCACCAGCACCUCAGGACUCUACCAGUGUACCUCCAGCAAUGCUAUUGGCAAGAGCACCUGUCUGCUCAACCUGCAGGUCGAAGCACCCCAGCCUCAGAGUGUGGGUCUGAUAGCGGGCACCAUCGCUACAGGAGUCCUAGCUGUCAUCAUCUUUUCCCUGUUAGUGGUGGUCACGCUCUUCUACUGGAAGAACAAGAACAAAUACGAUGAGGAGGAGAUCCCCAAUGAGAUCAGAGAAGAUGACCUUCCUCCCAAGAGGUCAUCAUCAGUGAAGGCUUUCCAUGCAGAUGCCUCAUCCUCAGAGAACGACACGCUGACAUCAACCAACACCUACAACAGCCGCUACUGGCACAACCCCAAACCCAACUACGACACCAACUCCUACACACGCUACAACGGAGACACUCGCCAGACCUUCUCCACUGCUGCACACGGUGCACACGGACACGGACAGGCCCAGAGCGCAGGACACGGCCACGGUACAGUGGCCACAGCACCAGGCUCUGCUCCACUGUCCCGCCACGCGCAGCCCACAACGGCGACGACGACAUCAUUCACCAAUGGCAGCCACACGCUCCCGCCACCAAAGACUCUGGUGGUCACCACAAACUCUGCCCCAUCCCCUACCGCCAAGGUGCGCAGCAACGGCUCUGUGAGCCUAAAACCGGUGGUGACGUCCACACACGGGCAGCACACGCACUCCUACGCGGUGAGCCAGGCCACGCUGGAGCGGAUGGGGGCAGUGCCUGUCAUGGUGCCGGCCCAGAACAGAGCAGGCUCGCUGGUGUAAAGUCUUGUUUGGUUAACUGUUAGCUUUGAAAACAAGACUAAGUGAGUGUUUGGUUGUGAUGUUGGAAAUCCACUGAAAACAGACAGAAUAUGGGCUGAAGCAGCCCGCUGCCCUUUACAACUGUGUCUUUCUGUAUGUCUCGACCUCUUUAUCUCAAACUAAGCUGGGAUUUUACAGUGCAGAGUUCAUUUAAUGCCAAUUCCUUGAUGGACGGGAGCCUCCGUUUUGUAGAAAAGCACUACAUGGAAUCUGAUGGAUUUUCCUAGCGGGUGUGGUGGGAACUAUUUUUCAACCACUUGGAUGAUUAAACACAGCUGGAGUGAAAUGUCCUGCAGAACCUGGAUUCCCAGAUCCUUUUCAGGGCUGGAUCAUUGUGAUGAUUGUUUUAAUUUGGAUUCAAAGCAACACAAGGCAUUUUCAUCUCAGUGUGUCCAUAACUGCACGGUCAGACAGAAGCGAGCUCGGAUUCCCACAUAAAUGCAUGUGUCUCUUGUUUAUGGAUAACAAAUGAAGUCCAUAUUAUUGCUAAUCAUUUCUUUUCACAGCUGUGAUGAAAUGAUAGUGAUGAUUAGAAUUAUCUAUUGAAAAAGUGAAUGUUCAAAGGUCUGUUGGGAGUAACCUAGAGGAGGAAAGUAUAAGAUUGAAAUGAUGUUGGGGGGAAAUGGCCUUACACGCUUAGGGAGAGGGGUUUUAUUGGGUGCAAUACAUCACAUAAUACUUUAUUGAAUGCAAACAUUUUAAUUACGUUUUCGCACUUUUCAGAGCAAUUUUAUAUCAAAACUGCUGUCUUAUGAACAAUAACUCAGUCUUACUAAUGACAUGCUUCUCCCAUACAACAUAUAUCAUAUAUAACUUUUCUGCACAUCAAAAAAUAUUUGAAGACAGCACAUGCACCCCCCACCCCCCCCCCCCACCCCCCACCCCCGAUUUAACCUUGAACCGGCAGAUGGAUAUGUCCGGAUUCUGGUUCACGUCACAUCAGUGCUGCUUUGAGAAGACGUGGUUAAGAUGAUGUCUUAUUUCAUAAAUGCUUUAUAAAGAGACAGAUAUAUAUUUAAAGGUGAUUUUUUUCCCCCCUUGACAAAGGCUAACACCUCUCGUUUUCUACUGUACAUAUUGUAAGUACGACAGUAGGCUAGAUUCUGAAUCAAAGAAAAUACAUGUCUGACUCAAACAUAUACAUCUACAACUCAUGUGUCUUAAUUUUAAAAUGGUUAUUUUUUGUUAAAUUAGACAACAAACUGGGUGUGAUAGUCAGUGUUAUUGGUUUUUAACGAAGGGAUGAUUUUUUUUUUUUUAUGUUUUCAUUCUCAAAUGAGGUAUUGCCAUUUUGGUACAAGGUCUGAAGUAAAUAUAGUUUGGCUUAACAUGAACGGCCAUAUGUGCUACUAUAAAUAGUAGACACCUACGCUGUAUAUGGUAGAAAGUAUCACUGUGUUUCUGACCCGCUGUAUUUAUUUUAACCAAAUCUCCAGUCUGUUAAAUAACUGUUACAGUUUUCCUAAUUUUAGCAAUCCUCAUUGUUAUCGUGCGUUACCUGAAUGCACAACACUAACACUUUCUUGUAGCUAUGAUGCAAUAUUUGAUACAGCAAUUAUUUGUGUGUUACAUGCAGUAUUGAAAAGUGUGUUUUAUUCUUCAAAGCAAUUCCUCUUUGCGUCUAUUAUUGAUUAAAUGUGCUGUUUUGGCAUUUAAAGUUUGACUCAGACACAUUUAUGUGCUAACAUUACAACAAGUGAUCCAGAUUUAACACAUUACAAUCACAUCAUUUAAGGUGGAAACAUUUUAUUCUUUUUUUUCAUUUGUAUUUUUUAGUCCAGAUGACUUUUUAUAUGUGGGGGGUAAUUUAUUUAUGUUUUCAUGCCUCUUCCUAGUAGGUGUUGGAUUACACUCAAUUGGAAAAUAAAAUACAAAUAACUGAGAGGGUUAACAGCUAGUGUAGAGAGGUAUAAUUUAUUCAUUUGGACUGGAAACAUAAAUAAACAGAAUGUUCUUUAAUCCCAACACAUAUUUGGUUAAUACAAGCAAUAAAUAAUAGCCACGGUGAUUUUACUUUUGUGUUAUUAAUGUCAUCCCUUAAUUCACAAAUGUAUGUGUGCAUAAAAUGGCCCCGAUGAGUUCCAGUGGACACUGGUUUUCCAUCACAGUUUGUUGUCAAUGAUGUAGGCCUGAAUUUCUCCUGUUUGCCUGGAAGUCAUGAUAUACAUGGCUUGUAGUUUAAUAUCUUUAUUUUUUAUUUAUCCACUAUUCUAUCAGUUCCUACAAUAUGUACCUGUCCAGAUCAAUCACAAAUAUGUGUGUUCAUCUUCGUACAUUUGACCCCGGUCUGACCACAGCUACACAACCACUCGGUGUUCUUACACACACAUUUAUCCAACGUGUUUUUCCUUUCUUUUUUUGUCUCAAGGCUGUGUACUGUGUGGCAGAACUGCAGUAUUGUUGGUUAAAUCCAAAUGCAUACACAUACACACAUUGAUUUAUAAAUACAGUAAGGCUUAAAGAGGUCAAAAGAUCAAAGGUCAGUUAUCACCUCCCCUCAGUGUUUUCAGAAUAAAGUCUUCUGUCUGUGUAGAUUUCACUCACCAUCUGUCCCAGUGUCCCUGCCCUGAGCACUGGCUGACAACAUUAAAGAAAAACCUUUCUUCUAACAUCUGGCUUUGUUCUUCCCAGAGAAAAUUUCAGGCUGGAAAAACUAAACUGAGAUUAAACGGAGGUUUGCAGGAGCAAUGGAGGAAUGAGAGCACAAUAAGAAGAUAACUACUGAGGCUUUAACCCGUAUUAAAGAAACAUCUCAUCUUCUACCCUGGCCGUCGGUUGGAGUGUGGUACAUGGGUUGUGUAUAUAGAUAAAUAAUGACGUGAUAUAUUGCCAAUAGUAAAACCAAUCUGUAAAUAUGUACAAAAAUACAUCUUGUUCUUACUGUUGGGUUAAAAUGAAAUAGGAAAAAUAACACUGGAACUUGUAGUGAAUAAAUAUUGUUAAUACAUUCUAA